AAAAAAAAUAACAGUGAAAAAAGUUAUUGAUUUCAUUGCAGAAUCAUGGGACAAUGCAAACGUAGAAACCGCAGAUCAACAUACCAGAAGUAAUGCUUUAUUAGAAAAUGAGGAAAUCGAAAAAAUA